AUGGAGACUAGGUUUUCUAUAAAUUCACAAUUUAUAGCGGAUGGGCAGGCGUUGGGUUUUACAGGAGCUGACUUGCAGAACUAUGUGAAAGAACAGAAGGAGGAAUAUGUCAAGGCAGAACAAGCAAGAUUGGAUAGGGAGGAACGGCUCAAGAAGGAACAAAGGGCGGAGGAGGAACACAUAAAGAAGGAGGAGCAUGAACGAUGGAAAGAAAGGGAAGUAGUGGAAGCUAAAAAGAGGCAGGAAGAAUUGGAAUUGGCUAGACUUCAGGAGAAAAUUGUGGAGAAGGAGUUGCAGAAAGAAAGUAAAUCUGAAAACAAAGAAGGAGAACCUAAGAUCCAGGAUAAACAUAGACAUAUAAUUGAUAAGUUGGACAAGAGUUUUCAGAAUAUGAAGGAAGAUGAGGAUUUGAUUGGUUUCUUGACUCUAUUUGAGGCGGUGGCAACAAGAUGUUGUAUUGAUAAGAAAAGUUGGGCUAUGUUGUUAUCGUACAAAUUGACGUCGAAACUCAAGAAUUUUAUGCUGCAAGAUGAUCUGUUUAAGAAGGAAAAUUAUGAUGAAGUAAAGGUUAUGCUAAUGAGACAGGCUGAUAUAAAUGGAGAAACGUGUAGGAAGAAAUUUCACCAAAUUAGACCUAAAGAAAAUGAUUUCAGGGGAUAUGUAGCCGAUUUGAAAAGGGCACUAGACAAUUGGAUGAAGAUGGCGGAGGUAAAGGAGACCAUAGAAGGCAUGAAAAAUAUGAUUGUGACAGACAGAUUAUUAGAGAGUGUUUCAGGAGAAGUGUAUCGUCAACUUAUAUUAAAUAAAAGUGAUAAUGUAGAAGACAUGCUACAAGUAAUUGAAAGUUUUAAGACUGCAAGUUCAACAAAAUCAUUAUGUAAAGAGGAAAAUGUGUAUGUAAUGGGAGCUGCUGAAGCCACAAGUCAGAAUUAUGCUAGUGACAGGAAAGUCAUAACUUGUUUUAGGUGCGGAAAAGUAGGUCACAGGUCAACGGAAUGUUAUGUGGGUGGAGCCGGAGUGAAACCAAAGCAGGUGACAUAUAAUAAGGAUGGACCAAGACAUGUGUCAGGCACAAGGAAUGUGUCAUAUGGAACUUACAGGAGGCAAUUCAAUACUAGAGGAAGGAGAAUGGAUGGAGGGAAUUGGAGAGGAGCUUACAAUGAUGUGAACCAUGGUGGAGGAAAUAACAGAAGGAAUUAUUCAGGUGUUGAUUAUACUAAGGAGAAAAACACAGACAAGUCAAAGAAAGUGCAAAACACAGACAGAUGCAUCAGAUAAAGGCAUUUCAGGUAUACUUAGUCAGAUGAGAGAUGGUGUGUUACAUCCAGUGAAGUUUGUCAGUCGCAAGUUGUUGCCACGUGAACAGAAAUACUCUAUCCUUGAGCGGGAAGGACUGGCCAUUGUAUGGUCGAUCAAAAAGCUAGAUCGUUAUUUGGCAGGAGUGAAGUUUCAUCUCCAGACUGAUAACAAGGCCUUGUCAUUCAUAACUAAUAGUAAUUAUUGUAACAAAAGAAUAACUAGAUGGUGUUUAGCACUUCAGGAUUAUUGUUUUGAUUCUGUCCAUUUGAAGGGAGAAUUAAAUGUUUUUGCUGAUGUAUGCUCAAGACUUGUAUAAUUUUUUUGAUUCAUUUGAACAAUCAUGUACUUA